AGAAGGAACGCGUUCUUUUCUACUUUCAGUUGAUUUUCCCUUAAUUUCAUUUGGGUUUGCGUUCUGCAUUUUCGUUUCGUCUUUCGGUUCGGUUUUUAAUAAUAAAUAAAAUAAAUAAGACUUUCCAAAAAAGUUUGUAAAAUUAUUUUUUGUUCAGUUCCGGCUUAGUUUUGGUCUUCGCUUUUCUACGCAAAUAAACUAAAAUACCGUAAUCGGGGAUUAAUUACACAUUUACUAAACUAAAAAAAAAAAUACACAAAUUAAUUACAAAGUGUAAGACAUUAAAUAUUCCCAAAUGUAAAACUGUAAUGUAUUUUCAAAUGAUAUUACAAACAUACUAAUAACAAAUGAGGGAUACGUAUAUUUAAGUAGUAACCGAACAGUUUUUUACAUAGCAAAAGUGAAAUAGAAAAACUUUUUGUAAAUUUAAAGUCUUGCUAAACCCACCUUCGCAGAUUUAUAAAAAUUAUGUGUUAGAACGAGCAGUGUCAACUUACUUGCCUCGUCUAAGCGCUGCACUUUUGCGUCUAAAAAUAGAAACGAUAUCAACUCAUAAAUAGUGAAGUACAUUAAGCAACAAAUAAACAGUAUUAUUGUCUAUUCGGUGAAAGCAAGCAAAACCCAAAUAUUUACUUUUUUGAAGACAAUCAUUGUUAAAAACUAAAAUUUUUAUAUCACAUAUAAAUCACUUAAACGUCUUUGCUAAACAUUUACUUACGGAAAUUGUAUCCAAGAUAAUUUGUUAAAUUUUCUCAUAUUCCGUGCUGUUUUUGUUUGUAUUCUGUUUGCAACGAAAACCACAUAUUCAAAAUAACAAUAUUUUCGUUUCUAAAUGAUGACUACCAGCGCUAACAGCAACAACAUGGUCGAGGGACAACAGCAGCAAAAUGGCAGUAGUGGUGGCUCCGGAGCUGGCGCUGGUAGUGGUACCGCAUCAGCGGCUAAUACUAAUGCCAGCAAUAAUAACAAUAACAAUGCUAGUGCUAUUAACAAUAAUAUGGAAAGUGAUCCAAAAACCAAUUUGAUUGUGAAUUACCUGCCGCAAACCAUGUCACAAGAGGAGAUACGCUCAUUGUUUGUUAGCUUCGGAGAAGUCGAAAGCUGCAAAUUGAUAAGAGAUAAGGUGACAGGUCAAAGCCUUGGUUACGGAUUUGUUAAUUAUGUUAAACAAGAAGAUGCCGAGAAAGCAAUAAGCUCGCUCAAUGGAUUGCGUUUGCAAAAUAAAACCAUAAAGGUGUCAAUAGCCCGUCCUAGCUCAGAAUCAAUAAAGGGUGCAAAUCUAUAUGUAUCUGGUCUUCCCAAGAAUAUGACGCAACCAGAUCUCGAAAUACUAUUCAGUCCAUAUGGCAAAAUAAUUACCUCAAGGAUUUUGUGUGACAAUAUCACAGGACUCUCAAAGGGUGUUGGCUUUAUACGCUUUGAUCAGCGCCAUGAGGCCGAUCGUGCCAUUAAAGAAUUAAAUGGAACCAUACCGAAAAAUGCCACCGAUCCCAUAAUUGUAAAAUUCGCUAAUAAUCCUAGCAAUAACAAAUCGCUACAGCCUUUGGCCGCUUACUUAACACCGCAGAAUGCGCGGGCUCGUGGGUUUCCUGCUGCCGCCGCGGCUGUUGGUGCAGCUGCCGCCGCUGCAGCCAUACAUCCUUCAGCAGCGAGCCGAUAUAGCUCAGUGAUUUCACGCUAUUCACCAUUGGCUGGUGAUCUAUUAGCUAACACAAUGCUUCCCGGCAAUCCCAUUAAUGGCUCCGGUUGGUGCAUUUUCGUUUAUAAUUUGGCUCCUGAAACCGAAGAGAAUGUGUUGUGGCAACUUUUUGGUCCAUUUGGUGCAGUACAGUCGGUUAAGGUUAUACGCGAUCUGCAGACCAAUAAGUGCAAAGGUUUCGGCUUUGUCACCAUGACUAACUAUGAGGAGGCUGUGGUCGCCAUACAAUCGCUUAAUGGGUAUACUCUGGGCAACCGUGUGCUUCAAGUCAGCUUUAAGACGAAUAAAACAAAACAAACCAACAACAGCAGUCAGCGCAAUAACAGUAACCGCCAACAGCAACAGAUCCAGCAACAGCUCAAUCGUAAAACACAGCUGCCACCAACAGCGACUGCAGCAGCUCGAGCGACCGACUUACAAUCUCUACUAAAUUUACCACCACCUCAGACACAACAUCAAGCAGCGGCAGCUGCCGUUGCAGCAGCGACUCUAGCAAAUGCAGCCGCCGCCGCAUCAUUGAGCACUUUUGGUGGCAGCGGUGGUAGUCAGCAGACGGGUGUUGGAUCAACGUCAGGACGUAACACACUUCCUACUCCACCGCAGACACAGGCCCUAAUAAAGACGGCCAGUAAAUUCAUCUACAACAAGCCACGCAAUCACUUUGAGCUAUUACAGCAGCGCUUGCAGAUGCAACAGGAAUUUGCACAACUACUGACCAGUGUUGCGGCGAGCAGUGCAGCAGCCGCUGCGGUACAUCAGCAGGCACAGCAACAACAACAGCAGCGGGGACGUGGCGGUGGGGCAGGGGGGAGCAAUUUUGCGGGUACACCCAGCAGCAGUACCCGUGCGGCACAAGCAGCUGCAGCAGCUGCAGCGGCAGCCAAAAAUUCACUAUCUUCUCUCUUGCCUUAUUCGAAUUGGUUCUUCUAAGUUACUCUUCGUUUGUUCUAUAAACAUUUAUUUAAUAGUUUUAAGUAAAAAAUGAUAAACAAUUAUUAACACUGAGUUUUUGAAUUUUUAACAUUUAUGUUAAUGUUUAUUUAACUGUAAGUUAAUUUUAUUGCGUGGAAGCAAUAUUUAACGAGGCAAUGAAAUUGCCUUGCUAAAUCUGGGAACUAACGCUUAGACAAUUUAUUUCUUUUAGAUAUCACCAGUAACCCCAUCGGGAUAUACAUAUUUAUUGUUGUUAACUGAAUGCGUUUGUUGUUACAGCUCUAAUUUCUAAAAUAAAAUAAUAUUUGUUUAAUUACCUACAUUAUUAUUCUUAAGCUUAAAUUUGAACAAGAAUUUUAUUUUAGUUUGCUUGGUUGUCAAAACAGAUAAUUUCUUUCCAUUAGCAUAUAUUUUUAUGUUGCAAAUUUCUGGGAUGGAACGAUGAGACACUGAAGUUGUUUGAAUGGAAUGUUCCAACAGUUGUGGAACGGCUUAACUAAACUCACUUUUUAGCAUUUGAAAUUUUCAAAUCGAAAAUUUUCAAUAUGCAAUUUUUUACGAUAUCCAAUUUCGUAUUUUAGGAACAUCAUGGAACUAAAUUUCGCAAGUAAAUCGAUGGAAGCAAAUUUUAAUUCUUUGCUUUGAGAUAUUCCGAUCAAAUUGAACAUCUUUUAAAAAAUUAGUAAUACACACAUUUUAAUGAUAUUUAUUGUUGAAAUUCUCAAGCUGAUAAACGUUCUCCGAAUUCGGCGAAAAAGUUAUUAAUUUUCAACUGAUUUGCAACUUUGGGUCAAGCCAAACCAGAUUGUAUAAUUUUUAUAUGAAAUUCUAUUUCCUUAGAAAAUAUGGUUAAGUUUAACGAUCUCAGUGUUUUAUCAGUUUUGCUCAGCUACGGAAAAUGUUUUUGAUUGGAAGAUAAAGAGCAUUGUAUUCAGUUUAAAAAAAUAAGCAAAACUGAAACGGCAUAAUCAAAAUCAAAAUAAUGUAAAAAACCAAUUAUCAGUUUUAAAGUGCACUUUAUUUUACUAAUUUAUCAAUAGCGUUAAUUAAAAUAGUGGGUCGUUUAUGGAUAUCAACGCCACCUCAGUUGGGCAACGCCACUAAAAUAAAAAUUUGUAUUAUGAAUAGCAACUAUAGUUAAGUGAAGAAUAUCGAAUUUUGGGGUACUUGUAACCAAGAUUUGAGUUUACACUUAGAAACAGUUAAAAAAAAAAAAAAAUACAUUUCCUCAAUCAAAAUUUCCGCGGCAACUAGAAUAAUACACGCAGUUGCCAAUAUACUGACUCAGUUGCCCGCUUUCACUUUCCAUCUGUAAUACAAUUUCAGCCACUGGCAACGCGACUGAAGUUCGAUUGCCAUCCAUAAUCGACCCACAUAAAGUCAUAUAAUAUAUAUAACUUUUCUUUUGCACCUUUUUUAUAAAAUCUAAAUUACAUCAUGCGUUUUUAACAACUUUCUUUCAAGGAAUUUUUGUUUGUUUGUAUUCUCUUACCAUAUAUUGUAAGUAAAACACGAAUUGGAACUAUAUUUAAAGCUGUAUUGAGUAUGCAGUCAUUUGUACAUGCAUUGGUUUUUAAUUAUAUAAUAAGUAUAGCCGUAGUCAUGUCGGUAUAUUUUCCAAUGCGACACAUAAGUAACAAUCCAGUUUUAAAAAGAUCUAUGACAGAGGAUUAUGCUCUAUAAAAUAAAUACAUAUACACUUUUUCAUUACCUUUUUGAUGCACUCGUAGAACUAAGCAAAUGAGGGGUGUAUCUCUCAAAAGUUAGCAUUCACGUCUUCGUUAUCUACAAGUAAUAUAAUGUAUAUGUAGCUUAAAAAAAAUAUUUAGAAUAAUUUGCCUAAUUCAACUAUGAUGUUGUGAAGAAACAGCACUUUAUACACAUAUAGAUACAUUAAUCAAUCAGUAAUCUUUCUCCAAACAGCUAAAUAAAAGCUAUUUGCUACACUAUAAAUGUCUUCGUUUUAUAUACAUACAUACCUAAGAAUUUUCACUUAACCUUAAAUUAAAAAAACAAGGACAAUAGUCAUAUGUAUGUACUUAAGGUAAAUAAAAUAUAAAGUAAAAAUCAAUUUUGUACGCAAACUAAUUGUGAAAUAACUGUAUUAUGUAUGUGUACCCUUUGCAAGUGAGUUUUCGCUCAUUUUCCAAAUUUAUCUAAAAUAAUGAAGAAAGAAUAUAAAAUAAUGAGAAGUAUUUGUUGAAAACACAUUCUAUCCGUUGUAGCAAAUUGUAAUAUAAUUCCAAAAUUUUGAGAGGCUAACCGAUAGGCUUGCACAGAAAUUUUUUUUGCAUAUUGCAAUUGUCAUAUAUACUAUAAAUUUGAUUAAAAAAGCUAUGUUAUAGAGCUGUAUUGUAAAUGUGCUGCAUAAAAAUAACAGGGGGUGGUUUCGCACCCACCUAGAUUUUAUAUACUUUACAACAAUAAAAUUCACUGGAGAAUAAUGGUUUUUAAACAGAUAACCUAAUAGUAAGCAAAUGUGAAAUCCUACAAUAAUGAUUUUUGGUUGAAAAGCAAUCUAAAUAUAUACAUAUCCAUACGUAUGUAUAUGUAUGUAUGCACAUAUGCAUAUAUAUUUUUUUUUUUUUGCAAACUCAAGUUGAUGGCAAAAAUAUUAAUAAACCAUUUAUUGUUUGAAAUAUAAAAGUUUACGGAUUUCUCAUUGCUUAUAUUACUCAAACAUAUAUUUUAGUUUUUGUUGUUUUGCUAAGUGCUAUAUUGAAAAAUUUAUGCAACUAAAAUAAUGAAUAUUAUAAAAAGUGAAUUAUCUCAGUAGUAAUAUGAGAAAUAUGCAAUAAAAAUAUAAAAAUCUACGA